GAAUUAGAGGGAAAGCAAGGAAUUGAAAGGAAGCUUCCUAUGUGCACCAUCUAACCAGAGACAGAAACAGCUAAGGUUGUGUAUGAAAUCAGGGGGACAUCAUGAGCUCUAUUUUUCUGUUUUUCUGCAGCCAGAGAGAGAUGUUAUGUGGUUACUUAUUCUACAUAUUCUUAGCUCUUGAAGUGAAUGCUCUUCAUGCUACUUCAAGAACUGAAGAUUUUGGAUUUGGUAUUGCAUGUCCUCUUGGCUAUUUCCCUUGUGGGAAUUUCACAAAAUGUUUGCCUCAGCUCCUUCACUGCAAUGGGAUAGAUGACUGUGGGAAUCAAGCAGAUGAAGAUAACUGCGGUGAUAAUAGUGGAUGGUCUCAGCAGCUGGAUGCAAUUUAUGAUAAAAGAAUGUCCCGAUAUGCCUCUCAGUUGGAAACUGAUGAAUGCUUGAUUGACUCUGUGCCAACAGAAUGCUUGUGCCGUGGGUUAGAGCUUGACUGUGAUGAUGCCGGUUUGCACAUUGUUCCAUCAGUCUCUUCAAAUGUAACUAUGAUGUCCCUAAAAGGGAAUCUGCUGAAAAAGCUUGUUGCCAAUGGUUUCAAAAAAUAUCAGGAUCUUAAAUACCUGUACCUUCAAAAUAAUAAUAUAAGUUUUGUGUCGGGACAUGCUUUCAGAGGACUGUAUAAUUUGACAAAGCUAUAUCUAAGUCACAACAAGAUAACAUUUUUGAAACCUUGUGUCUUUGAAGAUCUACAUAAACUUGAAUGGCUCAUAAUUGAAAACAAUACGAUCAAAUGUGUCUCAUCACUAACCUUUUAUGGGCUAAACUCACUGAUUCUCCUAGUUCUGAUGAAUAAUUCUCUUGCCCAGUUGCCUGAUAAACGUCUUUGUCAACAUAUGCCAAGGCUGAACUGGCUGGACUUUGAGGGUAAUCAUAUCCACAAUUUAAGGAACGUCACUUUCAUCUCCUGUAGCAGUUUAACAGUCCUUGUUUUGAGAAGAAACAAAAUCAGCUCUCUAAAUGAAAACAGCUUCUCUGCUCUUCAGAGAUUAGCUGAACUAGACUUGGCUAACAACAAGAUUGAAUCGCUUCCUCCACACCUAUUUAAGGAUCUGAAAGAACUCUCACAACUGAAUCUUUCAUACAACCCAAUCCAGAAAAUUCAAGCAGGCCAGUUUGAUUAUCUUAUAAAACUCAACUCACUAAGCCUAGAAGGCAUUGAAAUUACAAAUAUCCAAAGAAGAAUGUUCAGACCACUGAGAGAUCUUUCCCAUAUAUAUUUUAAAAAAUUUCAGUAUUGUGGCUAUGCUCCUCAUGUACGCAGCUGCAAACCAAAUACCGAUGGAAUCUCAUCCUUUGAGAACCUGUUAGCCAGCAUUAUACAGAGAAUAUUUGUCUGGGUUGUGUCUGCUGUCACUUGUUUUGGAAAUAUCUUUGUCAUCUGCAUGAGGCCUUACAUUCGAUCAGAGAACAAACUCCAUGCCCUAUCGAUAAUGUCACUCUGCUGUGCAGAUUGCCUCAUGGGUAUAUACUUAUUUGUGAUUGGAGCCUUUGAUCUGAAAUAUCGUGGGGAGUACAAUAAGCAUGCUCAGUUAUGGAUGGACAGUAUCCACUGUCAGCUGGUGGGAUCUUUGGCUGUUUUAUCCACAGAAGUAUCCGUUUUAUUACUAACCUACCUGACUUUGGAAAAAUAUAUCUGCAUAGUUUACCCAUUUAGAUUCUUGAAGCCAGGAAAAUACAGGACAAUUUCCAUUUUAGUUCUGAUCUGGAUUAUAGGGUUUGUUGUUGCUUUUAUUCCACUGAGCAAUAAGGAUUUUUUCCAAAACUAUUAUGGCACCAAUGGGGUAUGUUUCCCUCUUCACUCUGAGCAGCCUGAAAGUACUGGAGGGCAGAUAUAUUCUGUCAUAAUUUUUCUAGGUGUUAACUUGAUAGCGUUUAUCAUCAUAGUGUUCUCCUAUGGAAGUAUGUUUUAUAGUGUUCAUCAGACAGCAAUUACUGCAAUGGAAAUCCGGAAUCAUGUAAAGAAAGAGAUGACCCUUGCCAAACGUUUUUUCUUCAUUGUAUUUACUGACGCAUUGUGCUGGAUACCCAUCUUUAUACUAAAAUUGCUUUCCUUACUUCACGUGGAAAUCCCAGGUUCUAUUACUUCCUGGGUUGUGAUUUUUAUAUUACCAAUAAACAGCGCCUUGAACCCUCUUCUCUAUACAUUAACCACUAGGCCUUUCAAAGAAAUGAUUAAUCAAGUUUGGCAGGAUUACAAACAAAGAAGAUCCUCAGGAAGCAAAAGCAGCCAGAAAAUGUAUGGCCCAUCAUUUAUCUGGGUAGAAAUGUGGCCAACAGAAGAUACCUCACCAGAGUUGACAAAGCCUGCCCCUUAUACAGAUUCCUCUGAGGGUUAAAUAACUAGACAUUCAAGAAGACUGAAUAUAUUAUACACAUGAAAAUGAUUCAGAGUCUGUUAGAUGCACUAAGAUUUGCAUACUAUACUGCCACAAAAAAAGCAAUGAAGAAAAACUCUAGGCGAUGGAAGCAUCUCUAAGCAUGAAGAAAGAGAAACUGCUGAAUUUCUACAAUAUACAUCUUAACAGUGUUUGGGAGAACUAGCCAUAAGAAUCAGAGGGGAAGGGUAGAAUUCAAGGAAAACUGCUAAUGCUGGUGUUUUUGUAGUGGGUAUCAGUGGAAAAACAAGAUGAAAGAAAUGUGAUCAGAACCAAAAGACUGCUUUACAUUUUAUGACAGUUCUAAAACAACUUUUUGAGUUGCAAAGUUAUGGUAGCAGUGGUUCUCAGUGACCUGUAUUAUAUCUAAACCAUUUAGGCAGUAUUUUUAAAAUACCAACACAAAAACUGAAGUGUCUUGAAUUAUUAUGUAUAAGUGGCUACUUUUAGUUCUGUAGGGCUGAAAACAGUCUGUUUCUUUGCAGUACAGUGUUUCUGUAUGAGAUGCAGCAUUUUUCUGAUUUCAAGUUUGCAAGUGAGGCACGUAUAAAGACAGGAAUGACAAUGGACUUUUUGGUUUGCAAAAGAUUUCAGAAACGUUUGCACUGGAUUCCUUAAGGGAUAUAAGUAUAGAAGUUGUAUAAUUGCACUUUAAUGUUCACACAUUUUUGGAAUAUUUUGAACUUUGCUAUAAAUCUUAUUUCAUACCCAGUUUUUACUAAUAUAUACAUGUGUUUGCAAAUAAAGCACUGCCUGAGGAACCACGAUACAAUAAUGAUCUUGUUUAAAAUAUAUUUAAACUGCAUAUUCAAACACUCCUAUUUAUGUUUAACUUUACUACCGGAAAUGUGGAUAUUUCAGAGUUCAUUAGUUUUAAGCAAUACAGAAAGUUACAAAGUAGAGGGGUUUAUAUUUUUUGAAGACCAAAGCAGAUUAAUGUAUUUAAAUUUUCUUCAGUGUGGGAAGACAAAAAUAGAGUUGCCUUGGUGUGGUUUUUUUAAAUUUUAACCGAACUUCAAAGUUUGUUUUUGUUAUGUGCCUUCAAGUCGAUUACGACUUACAGCGAUCCUAUGAAUCAGUGACCUCCAAUAGCAUUUGCCAUGAACAACCCUGUUCAGAUCUUGUAAGUUCAGGUCUGUGGCUUCCUUUAUGGAAUCAAUCCAUCUCUUGUUUGGCCUUCUUUUUCUUACUCCCUUCUAUUUUUCCCAGCAUUAUUGUCUUUUCUAGUGAAUCAUGUCUUCUCAUGAUGUGUCCAAAGGAUGAUAACCUCAGUUACAUCAUUUUAGCUUCUAGUGAUAGUUCUGGUUUAAUUUGUUUUAACACCCAAUUAUUUGUCUUUUUCACAGUCCAUGAUAUGUGCAAAGUUCUCCUCCAACACCACAUUUCAAAGGAGUUGAUUUUUCUCUUAUCCACUUUUUUCACUGUCCAACUUUCACAUCCAUACAUAGAGAUCGGGAAUACCAUGGUCUGAAUGAUCCUGACUUUAGUGUUCAGUGAUACAUCUUUGCAUUUGAGGACCUUUUCUAGUUCUCUCAUAGCUGCCCUCACUAGUCCAAGCCACCUUCUGAUUUCUUGACUAUUGUCUCUAUUUUGGUUAAUGACUGUACCAAGGUUUUGAUAAUCCUUGACAAGUUCAAUGUCCUUGUCAUUCUUAAAGUUACAUAAAUCUUCUGUUGUCAUUACUUUAGUCUUCUUGACGUUCAGCUGUAGUCCUGCUUUUGUGCUUUCCUCUUUAACUUUCAUCAGCAUUCGUUUCAAAUCAUUACUGGUUUCUGCUAGUAGUAUGGAAACAUCUGCAUAUCUUAAAUUAUUGAUAUUUCUCCCUCCAUCUUUCACACCUCCUUCAUCUUGGUCCAAUCCCGCUUUUCGUAUAUGUUCUGCGUAUAGAUUAAACAAAUAGCUGAUAAACUACAUCCCUGUCUCACACCCUUUCCGAUGGGAAACCAAUCGGUUUCUCCGUAAUCUGUAAGAUAUGCAGUAGUCUCUUGUGCAGGGUAUAGGUUGUGCAUCAGGACAGAUGCUGUGACACCCCCAUUUCUUUUAAAGCAUUCCAUAGUUAAGUAAGACUAUCUCAUUCAUUCAUUUGUUUCUAUUCCACCCUGCAUAAAAAAAUGAUAUAAUAAAUCAGGUUGCAAUGCAAUAUACAGUAUAAAAUAAAUUAUUAAAAUAUCGCAACAAAACAGCAUAAAAUAAAAUAAGGCAACAGAUUUAAUACAUCAGUUGAUAGAUCUCCUGUUUAACACAGUCCCCUACAAAAAAGCCUGGGUAAACUAGUAUGUUCAGCUGGCUCCAAACAGUAACUAAUGUCUGCAUCAGCUCACCACACAAAAGACCCAGUUCAUGCUCACAUAGUGCCCUUGUCCAAUCAAAAGGACCACAAGAAAGGCCUCUCCUGCAGAAGAUCUUAAAGCAUAAGGCAGGUUGGAACAGAGAGAGGUGGUUUUCAGGUAUCUAGGUCCCAAGUCAUAAGGAUGUUAAAAGUUUGUCAACACCUUGAAUUGGGCCCAGUAACACACAGCCAGUCAGGGCAGAGCCUUUAACACUGGUGGUGUCAUGUGUUCCCACCUUCCUUACUCAACCAGAGUCCUGAUGACUGCAUUUGGCUUCAGCUGCAGCUUGCAUCUGCAGGAGUUGCUUCAGACAGAACACAUUAAAAUAAACGAACCACCAGAUUACCAGAGCACAGAUUACUGGGGCUAGGCUAUCAUAGUCCAGGAACAGUCGUAGCUGGUGAAAAAACCAGAAUUGAAGACAGGCACUCUGAGCCAGUAAUAUCACUAAGCCUCCAAAUGACCUGAGACUAUCCCAAACUUCAAAGAGAGUGCAACCCUGUCAAGGAGUUUAGGUUGCCCAUGUCUUAGGCUCUGCUUCAAAGCCCUGCUUAGAUGCCUACCUGCAAAGACAAUUAGGUUGGCAGACACAUAGACCAGGGCCUUCUAGUUAGUGGCCCGUUAACCUCAGUUCCGCUUGAAAUUAAGCAGACUGUCCCUCAACACCUUUAAAUGGGCCCUAAAUACUUAUCUUUUUAUGCUGCUUUUAGCAGAUAGUCUGUCUGCUUUUUGGUAUGGCUAUGCUAGUGUAUGCUGGUUUUAGUAAUAUUUUGUACCAUUUUAAAAUGUGCUUUUAAACUUUGUUUUAAAAUUGUAUAACUGUAUAUUUUUGUAAAUUGC